AUGAAAGGCAAUAAUAGUGUUCUUGAACUUGACAUCUGCCACAGAUCAGGAGCUUCUAAUGGUACUGGUGGCAUAAACAAUUUGGAUGACACUUCCUUGCCUGUUGGUUCUCGUGCAACACCUGGAAAUGAACGGGAAAAAGUCACUCUUCCUAGGGAUUUGACAGCUGGGUUAACUAAGCAGAGGCUUCUAAUAAAAGGAAACAACAAGUAUGUACCCACUCAUUUAAGAUAG